AUGUUGGGAACAGCAUUUGUUCUUCUUACAAUUUUCUCUCUUGCUCAUUGUAUUCCUCUCAAUCAAAUUCAGCAAGCGAGAUUGAUUGCAAAUGCUUCCAGAACACUCUUCAAUCAAUCUCAACAGCACUGUAUUUGUCAAAUGAUCAGCUCACUUCAAUCGAUCUCAGCAUUGAACUAUUUCUCAUCAAAUCAAACAUGUCAAUUAUUUUCUUCGAAUUUAACUUUGGCUGAACUGGAUUUAGAUAUGGGUUGGAUAGUCAUCUAUACAAAUCAGUCUUUGAUUGCGAAUAUGUUCGGACCGAGUAUCACAUCGACAUCCACUACGACGUCCACAUCUACAUCAUCAACGUCAACCCCAUAUUGUCCUUCGAUGUUUCGCAAUCAAACGGGCUAUGCAACUGACGCUAAUCCACAGUCAGCAGCAAUCGGCGAUUUGAAUUCGGAUAAUAAACUUGAUGUAGUUGUUGCAAGCUAUGGCUCGAACACUGUCAGCAUUUUUUUCAAUCAAGGCAAUGGAAUAUUUUCAAAUCAAACAACUUAUACAACUAACAGUGGUCCACGAUCGAUCACUGUAGUCGAUAUGAAUUUUGAUACAAAACCGGAUCUUGUCAUCACAAAUUCUCUUUCGAACACUGCCAGUAUCUUCCUCAAUGCAGGUAAUGGUUCGUUUUAUUGCCGAACGGACUAUACAGCUGGCAGCCAUCCGUACUCAGGAGCGGUCGGUGAUCUCAACUGCGAUGGUACACUCGGUAUUAUCACUGCAAACUUUGGCAAUGCUACCCUUUCUGUUUUGCUUAACAGUGGUACUAACACGUUUCCUACUAUCACUCUUUAUUCAGCCAGUAUCAAUCCGUUUGGAAUAGCAGUGAAAGAUUUGAACUCGGAUGGUAAACUUGACAUUGUUGUCGCAAAUCAGGGAUCUAAUAACGUGGGUGUUUUCCUAAAUCAAGGUAAUGGUACGCUUCUUAAUCAAGUUACUUACACAACUGGAUCGAAACCACAAAUAUUAGCAUUAGUGGAUGUGAACUUUGACUAUAUGCCUGAUAUAGCUGUCUCGAAUCAAGGAGCGAGCACCGUGAGUGUGCUUUUGAAUGCUGGUAAUGGAACAUUUCUCAACCAGAUUACUUACCCAACUGGUCAGAAUCCAUAUGCAUUAGCUGUGGGCAAUCUAGAUUCUGACAGCAGACCUGAUAUCGCCACCGUCAGUCCAGGCACGAAUACAUUGAAUAUUUUGUUACAUUGCUGA